AUGUUCUUCCAAACUGUAGUGCUUGGUGCUCUCGCAGCUCUUGCUGCAGCUGAUGGUACCUCUCGUCUCGAAUCGUUCUUGAAGUCGAACCCCGCUCCAUCGAACGUCACUGUCGGCAAUGGUCAUGGCAUCGAUCCCACCGUCGAAGUAAAACGCGGCAUGGGCAACGCCGUCCUUGGAAACAGGUGCGACCACGACAUCUGGGUUUGGAGCGUGGACGGCAAGGGUAGUUCCGACGCCAUCAAAGUAGCAGCCCGCACUCAAUACAGGGAGCCCUUCCGCACGCCCUGCGAAGGCUGCGGCGUAGUUCUCAAAGUCAGCAACACACCCGACCUCCAAGGCGGACACCAGACGCAAUUCGAGUACGCCAUCAGCAACGGCCAGCUUUACUACGACAUCUCGUUCGUAGACUGCGCUCAGGGUGAAGGUGCCGACAACUGCCCUGGUCACCACAACGGUCUGGGAAUCGACUCCCCCGAGGUACGUGCUCGAUGUGGUCUGAUAAUGUGA